AUGGACAAGUCCCUUGACGAGAUCAUUUCCACCCGCCCUCGCAACGCUCGCCGUGGCUCCCGCCGUGGGUCUUCUGGUCGCGCUCAAAUACUCGGGACGUCUGGCGUCAGCCCCUCUACUCGUGCGAGGGCUGCUCCAGUCACGAAAGUAGCCGCAGUCGCGACGCAGCCCCAAGUCUCUGACAGGAUUAUGGUCUCAAACCUGCCCCAGGACGUGAACGAAGCCCAAAUCAAGGAUCUGUUCCACUCCACCGUUGGCCCCCUUCGUGACGUCCAACUCUACUUUGACCAUUCGGGCAGGUCGAAGGGCAUGGCUCAAGUCCAUUUCCAACGCAAAGGAGAUGGAAACAAGGCUUUUGCGCAAUACAAUAACCGGUUAAUCGAUGGAAAACGCCCGAUGAAGAUCGAAAUCGUUGUCGACCCUUCUCGCCCUGCCGCUCCUCCAUCCCUCGCUGCACGAGUCGCACCUGCUCCCGCUGCUAACAACGCUGCUCAGGCCGCUGCUCCAAGACCUCGUGGCGCCCGACGUGCUCGAGGUGGCCGUGGCGGAGGCGGAGCCCGCAAGAACGAACGACCGGCUAAGUCUGUUGCUGACCUGGAUGCUGAAAUGGAGGAUUACACUUCUGCUAAUGCUCCGGCACCCGUUGCAGCUGCUUAG